AUAGAAAUGCUUUCAAUUGCUCUAAUAUUGAACAAACCUCAUUCACGCCACAGUUUUUGACAUAAUAUGGAGUUUAUUAAUUAAUCAGUUAGUUUAGUUUACGGACUUUUUCGAAAAAAUGAUUUUUGGAACUAGUUUAGAUCCCCCCAAGAAGCCACCCCCACCCGUAAAAAGGCCUUUUCCACCCGACAUUAAACUACCAUGUAUUCAACCAUCAUCAUGGGCUCAUUAUGCCCGUCAACCCAACACCGAUUAUCACGUAAAGUUCAUGCAGUACAAACAGGCCUUGCAAGCAGCAGAUAUUGAAAGGGAAAUUCGAGAGAAAGCAUCCAACGCCAAAGAUAAAUUUGAACAAAAGUUCAUAAAACACUCUGAUCAACGACUUUUUAAAAAUGAAAUUGAAAAACGCGUCAAGGAGCGUUUGGAAAUAUAUGAAAAAACAAUUGAAGAACGACGUACCAGAUUAAGAGAGCUCCUCGGCGAAGAAGAGUGUGCACAUUAUCGGGAAACUGUGGAGAAUGCAAAGAGAUUGUGUGACUCUAAAUUUGGCAUGAUGAAGCGACAAGUUGAAGAGUUGAAAGCUAAAAAAGAAGCUGAAAGAUUGAAAGUUGUAGAACAAAAACGUCUCCAACAGUACAUGGAUAGGUGCGAAUUAUUAAGGACAAAUGUGGCUCAAAAAAGAUUAGUCGAAUCUAAAAACAGCAAUUUACAACAAAUGCGUGAAAACGAACAAAGAAGAGAAGCUGAAAGAGAACUGGAUAAAUUUUGGGGUGAUUUGACAAGAACUGAACAACUCGGAGUGAUUGAACGAGACAGACAAGACGCUAUAAACAAAUACAACAAAAUGUUAGAAAUGAAGGCGAUUUGGGAAAUUCAGAUGGCUGGAAAGGACCUUCUUAAAGAAGAGAAGAGACGCGUCGCUCUUGAAGACAGACAAGAAUUGGACAGACUUAUGGAACAAAUACGAAGAGAAGAAAUUGAAGAACUUGAUAAAAAACGACGCCAACGUGAUAAAGCAGCUCAAGAACUUCUCGAACAAAUUAAAGCCAACGAAGAAAUAAAUGAACGUCGAAGAAAAGCAGAGCAGGCAGUAGAUGACGCAUUUAAUAAACUGACUCAAAUCGAAUUGGAUAAGGAAAAAGCUAAAAUAAAAGAUACAACAACACAGGCGAAGCGAGAAAUGGCCAUUUAUAGGGAAAAUCUGAAGAAAUUAGAGGAAGAAAGAAGAAAAGAGGAAGAAUAUUUGAGUAUGUUGCUAGAUGAGCAACGGAAAUCAAUCGAAAGGAAACAGGACCAUGCUAAAUGUGAUAUACUGAAAGCUAAAGAAGCUUUGCAGAAGAAUGUGCUCGAAGGUAGAGCGCAACAAGUAGAGCUGAAGAAACAAGAAGCUGAAUAUCAAUUGAAACUUAAAGAAGCCGAAAAUGAGUUACUGAGAAUGUCAAUAGCGGCCAACGAAAGGUUAGAAGCCGAAAUGAAACGCAAAGAGAAGGAAUCAGCUCUACUCUACAAUCAACAACUGAAGGAGCAAGCUGCUUACAAUGAACUUUUAAGG